GCUAUUGGACAUCAGUAUUCCUCCCUGGGAACCCAGCCCAUCCUCUGUGGUAGCAUUCCUGGACUAGUGCCCAAGCAGCUUCGCUUCUGCCGGAACUAUGUGGAGAUCAUGCCCAGCGUAGCUGAAGGGGUGAAGAUUGGCAUCCAAGAAUGCCAGCACCAGUUUCGUGGAAGGAGGUGGAAUUGUACCACAGUAAACGACAGUUUGGCCAUCUUUGGACCUGUGUUAGAUAAAGCUACCAGGGAGUCAGCCUUCGUCCAUGCCAUUGCUUCGGCCGGGGUGGCCUUUGCAGUGACACGAUCCUGCGCGGAAGGAUCCGCCACCAUCUGCGGCUGUGACACCCGUCACAAAGGUCCCCCCGGAGAAGGCUGGAAGUGGGGUGGCUGCAGCGAGGACGUGGAGUUUGGGAGCAUGGUUUCCCGGGAGUUUGCAGAUGCGCGGGAGAACAGGCCAGACGCUCGCUCAGCCAUGAACAGGCACAACAACGAAGCUGGACGGACGUCCAUCCUAGACCACAUGCACCUCAAAUGCAAGUGCCAUGGGUUGUCGGGCAGCUGUGAGGUCAAGACCUGUUGGUGGUCUCAGCCAGAUUUCCGGGUCAUUGGAGACUACCUCAAGGAUAAAUACGACAGCGCGUCUGAGAUGGUGGUGGAGAAGCAUCGAGAGUCCCGCGGCUGGGUAGAAACGCUGCGACCCAAAUAUAAUUUCUUCAAAGCGCCGACGGAGCGGGACCUGGUCUAUUAUGAGAACUCCCCAAACUUUUGCGAGCCCAACCCUGAAACCGGCUCGUUUGGCACCCGCGACCGAAUCUGCAACAUCAGCUCCCACGGCAUUGAUGGCUGUGACCUCCUGUGCUGUGGCCGCGGACACAACACGAGGACUGAGAAGAGGAAGGAGAAGUGUCAUUGUAUCUUCCACUGGUGUUGCUACGUCAGCUGCCAGGAGUGUAUAAGGAUCUAUGAUGUUCACACAUGCAAGUAA